UACAUUUAUCCUAUAUAAUUCACUAUUUCAAUCAUAAAAACCAGAAUUCCGUUCUCUUGUAACUCUACACCUGGCUCUACACCGUCUGCUCCAUUAGCGUCAAAUAGAAUGCAACUCUAAAAUCAAAGAAUCCAUGUUAAAUUAUUAAACGGCUGUUGUCUGCAGACGCUCAUUGAAUAUUGACGUUUGGAGGUUAGGUCAUUUGUUAACAACAGAGUUGUUAAUAAUGUUUUAAUAUAGAAAUUUUUAAUUUUAAGGACAAUAAUUUUAUAUUUCCAAGCUGGAAAUAUAUUGCGAUACUGCCAUGAAGCAUAGCACAUAAAAUGAUAAGAUGUAUAUUUUCCCGAUCAUUUUCCUAGUACGAGAGAUGGAAUUGAAAUAAUUGAUAUAGAUGUUAUAUUUAUUCACCCAUAAUGUUCAAUGAAUCAGACUUUCUAGCUGAUUUAGCUUCUAUACCUCCAGAUCCCCCAUUUAUGAGGAAUGUCUGCAAUGAAUGUCAUCGACCAUCGACAGUUUGCUAUUGCAGUUCAUUACCAAAUCCACGAUUGUGCCCUCACAGUAGAAUAAUACUCCUGCAACAUCCUGCAGAGGAAAAGAGGUGCCUUAGAACUGCCACUAUGUUACAAUUAAGUCUAGAAGCCAAUAAAUGCCUCACGUUCAAAGGAAAACGAUUUCCUGGGCGCCACGAUGAAUUAAAUGAAAUCCUAACCGAAACAAAUACAUUGUUACUGUAUCCCAGUCCAUCUGCGGUGGAUAUAACGGAGAUAGUUAAAGAUGGCGUUCAUUCGUCAUACAACAUUGUCAUUAUCGAUGGAACUUGGCCACAGGCGAAAGCAAUAUACACAGCUAGUCCUAUUUUACACAGUAUCAAACAAAUAAAAAUUCUUGAUAUCGAUAUAAGCAGAUACAUCAUCAGAACACAACCAGCUGAUGGAUGCUUGAGUACUCUAGAAACUGCUGCUUUGACAUUGUCUCUUCUAGAAAAGAAUGGAAUAUAUAAAAAUGAACUUCUCAAGCCUCUCCAAACGAUGUGCGAGUAUCAGAUUCAAAACGGAGCAGUUUCUCACCAAAGCAAGGAGUUUCGAAUUAAAAAUAAUUCAUACCCUAAAUUGAUUGGCAAAAGGUUGAACAAAGUACUGAGAAAUGCAGAUUCCAUGAGGAAUUCUUGAUUUUAGAGAAAAUUUUAAUAGAUAGUGACCAUAUAUGUUUAUAUGAAUAAACUUUGAAAACUAUUUACAGUAA